UAUCAACAUGCAUCGCUUCCAGUUUGUGGGGUUUCUCCUGCUGCAGCUACUGCUGCAGGGAUACAUGUACUCCCAUAGACAUCCUGGCUUCACACAGCGUCUGCAGAUCAAUCCACUCUGCCUGGAACUCCAGCAGAGGACAACGCCAGCAUCAGGAGCAGCAGAAAUAAUCUUCUCCCCCUUGGAGGAGGACACCACAGAGGCAGAUUAAUCGCGUGGGGGGAAGCAGCAGAAGCAGUAAAAGUUCCCCUUGUGAUUGUGAGGUUCCCCGCGGUGCCAGGCCAUGGGUUAUCUCUCUCGAAUAGGGGCCAUCCCCCCCGUUGGUCGGAAUCGUAUAUAAAAGC